AUGGAUAGUAAGUUUUCUCGUUUAAAACAAUUCGUUAGUGAAUCAAAAAAUGGUGGAAUUCAUGACGAUGAUAAUCAUUCUUCUUUCACAUGGACACGUUCAAUAUUUUCACGAGAUGUUUUCAAUACGAAUAUGAAUCAAUUCAAUAAAUUCAUACGACGAUCACGUUCUUCACUCUUCGGAGGAUAUGAAGGUGAUUUCAUAUCAACAAAGGGCGAUAGUUAUGAUAUGAGUACCCUUUUAAAACAAGGAGAAAAUGAUCCAAUCUUACCAACAUUAAGUAAAAAACAGCGUAUACUUGGAUUUAUGGGAUUUUUAUUAAUGGGAAUAUUCUGUAUGGGAUUAGCCACAUUGUAUAUACCAGUUAUUGUGUUUAAAGCAAGAAAAUUUGCAUUAUUAUUUUCAUUUGGUAGUCUAUUCUUUCUAUUGAGGUAUUAA